AUGGCAACUAGAGCCGCGUACUUUUCCCCGUCGGAAGCACAAAUCCUCAUGGAGGCAUACGAGGAGGUAAAGGAUAUAAUUAAGAAGAAAGGCAACACCGCCACAGUGAUAAAGCAAAGAGAAAAAGCGUGGCAAAGUAUUGCAGACCGCCUGAAUGCAUUAAACAUGAACGGGCCAAAACGGACAUGGCAGCAGGUCAAAAUCAAAUACAAGAACAUUCUGCACAAUGCAGUGAAAAAGAAUACCCACAGACAAGGCACGGGUGGUGGGUCACCAAAGGCUGACCUUACCCCAGCAGAGGACAUGGCCUUGGAGCUAAAUAAAGGCAGGCCCGUCUUAGAGGGGAUCUCUGGGGGGAAAGAGACGAGCAUAGGUUCCUCCCAAGAUGCCACCCGCUUCAUUCAAGUGUCUGGCAGCACUGUGUUCCUGUCACCAGCACAAGCACCAGACGAUGCUGAUCCAGGUGAAAGCCCCAGUGCAGCAGCAACAGCACAUGAUGGAGACGAUGAUGAGGAGGAGACCAUCUCUCUGGAUUCCAGAAGGCAUGAGGACCCAGAUGCUAUACAGUGGGAAAACCAGCCUGGCAACAUAAGCUCACAAGCUAUCAGAAAGUUGUAUGGCAACCACCUCCGGCGCCAAAUAGAAGUGGCAGACAUAGACAUUCAGUACAAGAAGAAACCGAUUGAAAAUCUUGCACUGGAGUCCGAAAUAAAAAAGAGGACAAUUAGGAAACUGGACCUUGAAAUAAAAAAACUUGAGAGGGAGCUCCAAGAAGAUGACACAGCUCAAAAUAAAAAUUAGCAAUCAGUACAACCAAGUCAUCGUUAUAAGGCACCGGCCUCUUUUGCCCACCCCCCCAGCACCAGGUGUGGCCACUAGCCUAUAUGAAGGCCCAAAACUGUGUGUUCCUUUCUGCUCUGACAAUGGCAUGCC